AUGAAACGACCCCAUGUUGCCAUUGUCCCAAGUCCAGGUCUAGGUCAUCUCCUUCCCCUCGUUGAGCUAGCCAAACGACUCGUAGUCCACCACCACUUCAGGGUCACCUUCUUCGUCCCCAGCGACGACGGAUCAAAUCUGAUCACACCCUAUAGGAGAGUUCUGGAUCCCUUGCCCUUUUCCAUAUCAUCCAUUUUUCUCCCUCCCAUAAACUUCAACCACCUCCCUAAGGACAUUAAACACUUAACCAGAAUCGCUCUCACCAUGACUCGUUCCCUCCCUGCUCUUCGUGACUCGAUCAAGGCCCUAGCCGAGCCGACUCGGCUGGUUGCCCUAGUUGUUGAUCUUUUUGGCGGGGAAGCGUUGGAUGUGGCCAAGGAAUUCAAUGUACUUCCUUACAUUUUGUACCCUACAAAUGCUAUGGUAUUGUGGUUUCAUUUUGAAUUGCCAAAGCUCGACCAGACCACUUCUUGUGAGUAUUGGGAUUUGCCUAAACCGAUCACACUCCCGGGAUGUGUGCCGAUCGAAGGUAAAAAUUUGUUAGACUCGGUUCAAGACAGGACCAACGAAGCCUACAAAGUGCUUGUUGACGUUUCUAAGAGGUACAAGUCGGCUGCUGGGAUCAUGAUCAAUAGCUUCGUGGAUUUGCAACCGGGUGCUUUCAGGGCUUUCAGAGAACAAGGACAAGGUCUUGGCCUUCCACCAAUUUACCCGGUCGGACCAAUAACAACAGAGACCGGUUCGACCGAUUGGGAUGCAAAUGUACGUUUGAAGUACUGGUUAAAUGAGCAGCCUAAUGAAUCAGUGUUGUUCAUUUCAUUUGGGAGUGGUGGCACCAUCUCAAGGGAGCAAAUGAAUGAGUUGGCACUAGGGCUUGAAAAGAGCGGCGUGAGAUUUCUUUGGAAUUUUAGAUGUCCAAAUGAGACAUCAAAAAAUGCAGCUUACUUUGAUGAUCAUCGAAGUUCGAUCGAUCCAUCUAGUGUUCUACCGCAAGGAUUUUUGCAGAGAACCAAAGACGUAGGGUUAGUAGUGACCUCAUGGGUUCCUCAGGUCUUAAUUUUGAGUCAUGGUUCGAUCAGCGGGUUUUUGAGCCAUUGUGGGUGGAACUCAACCCUAGAGAGCAUUGUGAAUGGUGUGCCUAUGAUUGCUUGGCCACUCUAUGCAGAGCAAAGAAUGAAUGCAGUUUUGUUAGAUGAAGAUUUGAAGGUGGCAUGGAGGGUUAAGAUGAACGAUAAGGGCAUUGUGGAGAGUCAAGACAUUGCCAAAUAUGCAAAGGGCCUAAUUGAAGGAGAAGAAGGGGACGUGCUCAGAAAGAGGAUUGUAGAGCUAAAAGAUGCAUCCCAAGUGGCUUUGAGCCAAGAUGGUUCUUCUUCAAAAUCACUUGCGGAGGUAGCUCAGAUAUGGAAGGAUCACAAGAACUAG